AUGGCAGACAUCGCUGAAUGCUAUUUAGUGACGCAAAACACCGGCAAUCCUGAAAUUCCUGGAAGUCUUGGAAUUCCUAGAACUCCUGAAAAUCUAGGCAAUCCUGGAAGUCCUGGAGUUUCCGGAAUUCCAGGAAUUCGCGGAAGUCUCGGAAUUCCAGGAAGUCCUGGAGUUCCCGGAAGUUCCGGAAUUCCAGAUAGUCCCGGAGUUCCCGGAAGUCCCGGAAUUCCUGGAAUUCCCGGUAGUCCCGGAGUUCCCGGAAGUCCCGGAAUUCCUGGAAUUCCCGGUAGUCCCAGAGUUCUCGGUAGUCCCGGAAUUCCGGGAACUCCCGGACCCGGAAUUCCUGGAAUUCCCGGUAGUCCCAGAGUUCUCGGUAGUCCCGGAAUUCCCGAAAGUCCUGGAGUUCCCGGAAGUCCCGGAAUUCCUGGAAUCCCUGGAAGUCCCGGAGUUCCGGGAAGUCCAGAAAUUUUAGGAAUUCCCGGAAGUCCUGGUGUUCCCGGAAUUCCAGGUAAUCCUGGAAAUCUAGGCAAUCCUGGUAUUAGUUGA